CGGAAGGACUUAGCGGCAGGGCUGCUGUGAGAGAGAGAGAGUGAUAGGCGGUGUGAGCUGGCCAUGGCUGAGGAAAAGGAAAAGCUAAUUCAGGAGACAAGAAAGCGUUUGACUCAAGAAUAUUUUCAAGAUAGUUCAGACAAAUAUGAUCCCCGUGACGUGGAAAGACUGCAGAAAGAUGAUACCUUGCUGGAGAGUUAUCUUCUCUGGAGGCACAAUGUAAUAGAGGAUGCUUUGAAGAUGAUUGAUGAAAGUCUAAAGUGGAGAAAAGAUAUUGCAGUAAAUGAUCUGAGUGAAACCAGUCUGCCAAAAUGGUGUUUUGAAAUUGGUGCUACUUUUCUGCAUGGAUACGACAAAGAAGGGAAUAAACUAUUUUGGCUUAGAGUCAAGCUUCACAUCCGUGAUGCUAAAACAUUUGAGGACAAGAAGAAAUGUGUGGCAUUCUGGUUGGAGCGGUAUGCCAAAAGAGAACCUGGAAAAUAUCUAACAGUGGUGUUUGACAUGACUGAGUGUGGACUUAGCAAUAUUGAUAUGGAUUUUGUGCGUUUUGUCAUCAACUGUUUUAAGAUUUACUACCCCAGAUACCUUUCCAAGCUUGUAAUCUUUGAGAUGCCAUGGAUAAUGAAUGCUGCUUUUAAAAUUGUCAAAGGCUGGCUUGGACCAGAAGCCAUUAACAUGCUGAAAUUUGUGAACAGGAAUGAAAUCCAAGAUUAUAUCAGUGUUGAGUACUUGCCGCCUCAUAUGGGUGGAACGGAUCCUUUCAGGUAUAGCUAUCCACCAUUACCUGACGAUGAUUUUCAAACCCCAAUGUGUGAAAAUGGGCCAAUUGCCAGUGAGGAUGAAUUGGAAAGCAAAGAUGAAAAUGAGUCCGAUACAAGAGACACAGUUGAUUCGAUUGUAAGUGAGGAUAGUGCAGUCAAACAUAAAAAGAUGAGCUACUCAGAAGACCAUUUUAAACAAGCAGAUGGAGACAAGAAUGAUAUCAAGCAGCAAAAAAACAAGAAGGCAGUGGCCGUUUUUAAAGGACCUUUAUUACACAUUAGUCCCGCAGAAGAGUUGAACUUUGGAUCCAAAGAAAGUGGAGAAAGAAAAUGCAUAAUCAUUCUAAAUAAUGUUACAAAAAACACAGUAGCAUUUAAGGUUAGAACAACUGCCCCUGAUAAGUACAGAGUCAAACCAAGUAACAGUAGCUGUGAACCUGGCUCCACAGUGGAUAUAGUAGUAUCUCUUCAUGCAGCAUUUGUUGCUUCGCUUCAAGAUCGUUUCUUAGUGAUGGCUGCAGAGAUGGAACAGCCUAAUGGAACCAGUGCCCAGGAUUUGGCGCAUUUCUGGAAGGAGGUGCCAAGGAGUAAAGUGAUGGAGCAUCGACUAAGAUGCCAUGUACUUGAAACCAGCAAGCCUACCACAUUAUCGUUGAAGGAAAAUUUGAAGUCUUUACCUGGCGACAGUGAUUUAAAUUUUAAGCUGAACCAACUUUUACAGUCUAACAGAAGACUGGAAGAACAGAUUGGAAAUUGCAUCUGGUUUCAACAUUUGCUAGUCACUUUAUUGUCUGUUUUAGUAGCCAUUGUUGGUGCAGCUUUGUACUUGUCCAAAGGCCAAAGUAGCUAAUUUUUUAUUUUAAAACCAGGAAUGAACUUCCUAUGUUAAUACAUCAUACAACUUUUCACCAAAAGGAUUUAUAGAUAACCUACCAAAGUUGCCUUGAACAUACAAAAUUGUGAACUGUAACCGCAAAAAGGAGCAGAUGUGCGGAAAGGAAAAACUAAUUUAAACUAUUCGUUUAACCAAGUGAAAGACACAAGCAGAAUUUAUUGCAUUUUUCUCUAACACACAACAGUUUGAGUGAGGUCAUGUUUUAGCUGACCAUGAGAAAUUCAUAACACGUUUUCAGCAACAACAACAAAAAAAAAAAUGGCUACAGUGAUUUAGAGAAUGUACAUCUGCUUUCAUAUCUUCAGAUUCAAUAUCCCUGAGCAUCAAUCCAGCUCAUCCAUGUGAAUACAAAACUUACAUUUAAGUUUUAUACAGCAAAUAUAAAGAGAUUGGAAGCGUACAGGCUGUCUCAGUUGGGCAGUAGAUGUAGAACACUCCAAACGGAAUGGAAAAAUAUUGCAUGACAGAGCA